CCAAGUCAACCGUGCUGAGUUGUGCCUCCCAUGUUCUUGCUGACACUGAACUCAACAGCCCAGACCACAAACAUUCUUCUUCUUCUAACCACCGGAUGUUGUACUGUCGCUCCUCGUUCUAUAAAUAGACGCGCGAAGAAGCACCUCUCGUCCAUCACUACUCACUUCUUCUCUCGAGCUAGCUCUUGUUCGCACACGCACACAGUAGCUGCCUGUUCGUUCUGAGAUGGCUAGGCUUGCCGUUCUGCUCUUGCUUUUGUUGCUCGGUUCAGUGACAUGCAAAGCAGACUACGGUUACCCCGGCCCGGGCUCGGGCUCGAGUUCAGGCUAUGGUUACCCCAGCCCGGCCCUGAGCCCAACCCUGAGCCCUAGUGCCGGCGGCCUCGUCGCCGGCUUCUACGACAAGUGCCCGAAUGCCGAAGAGAUCGUGAGAGGUGUCGUCGAGAAGGCGGUGAAACAGAACCCUGGCAUUGGGGCAGGGCUCAUCCGGAUGCUCUUCCAUGACUGCUUCGUCGAGGGGUGUGACGCGUCCGUUCUCCUGGACACGAGCGCGGCGAACACGCAGCCGGAGAAGCAGGCCCCGCCCAACUUCCCGAGCCUGCGCGGCUUCGAGGUGAUCGACGCGGCCAAGGCGGCGCUCGAGGCUGCCUGCCCGAACAACGUCUCCUGCGCGGACGUCGUUGCCUUCGCGGCCCGUGACGCCACCGCCGUCCUCAGUAACGGCAGGGUCCGCUUCACGAUGCCCGCGGGCCGCCGCGACGGGCGCGUAUCCAACGAAAGCGAGGCCCUACGGUUCCUGCCCCCGCCGUCGUUCAACCUCACCGAGCUCACCGCCAGCUUCGCCGCUAAGGGGCUCGACGUGGACGACCUUGUCGUCCUCUCCGGCGCGCACACCAUCGGCGUGUCCCACUGCUCGUCUUUCGUCCCGGACGGCCGUCUGAACUCGUCAACGUCCGACAUGAAGCCGGCGCUGGCCGACUCGCUGCGGCGGCAGUGCCCGGCCAGCCCGAACGCGACCAAUGACCCCACCGUGGUGCAGGACGUGGUGACGCCGAUCACGCUGGACAACCAGUACUACAAGAACGUGCUCAACCGCAGCGUGCUGUUCACGUCGGACGCGGCGCUCCUCGAGUCGGGACAGACGGCGGUGUCGGUGCUGCUGAACGCGAUGACCCCCGGUCGCUGGGAGGACAAGUUCGCCAAGGCGAUGGUGAAGAUGGCCAGCAUCGAGGUGAAGACAGGCGCAGCCGGCGAGAUCAGGAGGAACUGCCGGAUGCUCAACUAGUCCGAUCUAGUAUCAGACGAUCUUCCAUACUGCUGCAUGGUUGCUUUUCUACACGCUUAUGCUUGAGUGCAAGCCGUACUACUUUGCAUGAUGCAUGUUCUGCUGUUGAUGUCCAGUCCUUGUAAUGUC